AGGACACUCGCUUCCUGGUUGUAUGUUAAGGAGGAGCUGGAUAGUUUUAUUAUAAUAAUUAUUAAAUGUUUCUGAAGUUGGAGUAGAAGAAAAAAAUAAAAUAAAACAAGAAGUAAUACUUGGCACCGAUUUAUAAAUCGGCAUACAAAGUGUGAUCAGAAGAACUGCUUAUUUUACGGUUAUUUUAAAAUUAAUAUUUAAGUGUUGGCCACCGGUGAGCCGGUGUGUCUCGAAUGGGAUUGGAACCCCUGCUGUCGACAGCCAGGUCCUGAAAUCUGGAUUAUUUCGGUUGACGGGUUCCAGGAAGUGUCUCGCCACAGGUAGGAGAGCCGGGGCUGCGCAGGUGAAAUUCGCAGGACGCCGGCGAAUAGGAGUAUCAGCAUGGGGACUUCUGAAGAUGGCCUUAUCGGAAUCCCCUUCCCUGACCACAGCAGUGAUAUUCUUUGUUGCUUGAAUGAGCAGCGACGGGCUGGGCUGCUAUGCGAUGUCACAAUCAAAACACAAGGAUUGGAAUAUCGGACUCACCGUGCUGUGCUUGCAGCAGUUAGUCAGUACUUCCGUAAAUUGUUUACUGCUGGUCACUUUACUGGAAGCUCACGCUCUGUCUGUCAACUUGACUGCGUAAAACCUGAAGCCUUGGAUGCUCUUCUAGAGUUUGCAUAUACUGCAACACUUACAAUCCGCAGCUCCGGCAUGCUUGACGUCCUGAGAGCCGCCCGCUUACUAGAAAUCCAGUGUGUUACAGAUGCUUGCCUUGACAUCCUGCGAAGCAGUGGGACAGAUACAUGUGAGAUAACAGAAGAAGAGGAAAUCCUAUCCCUCCAUCCAGUUAAUGGAGAAGGUGAGAUCCCUGGGCUUGAGCAGGAAACAAGGCUUCAAUAUCCAGAGCAUCUUCUAAAUAUGCAUAGCGAGAAUGGAAAUGUGGCUUAUGAAGAGACCAUUUCAGCAAUUCACAGGGGAGUAAUAGUAGAUGGUAGCAGUCCAAGGAGGGAAAGAAAGAAGAAAAAAAAGAUCACUUUGGCCCCAAAUCCACAUUCCAUUUCCCGGGAAUACCUGAAUAACUGCCUUUACAAGAAUGAGAUAGGAGUCAUCUGUAAAAGAGAUGGCCAGGCAGUUCAAGAGGAAAGAAAAGAGUAUAUCAAGGAAGUGGACAUGAGAGGUGAAGAGACUAACCUUGUAUUCAAUGAAAACAAUAAUGUGCUUCCCCACAGGAAGGCCAUACAUGAGCAGCAGGCACUUAAUGGCAUAUACAGUCAGAAAAGACGUUACCAGCGUUUUAAGCAUGAAGAAAAAUUCUCUGAUGAUGAGCAUAUUGAUGGGGAUUCUCUGGACAUGUUUUAUAACUCCCGUGAAUCAGAUUUCACUCUUGUAGAAGGAGCAGAAUUGUUGGAGUCUUCUGGAGCCACCCCUUCGGUCAGCCCUUCCCAUCUAGAUAAAGGAGUACGGAAGAGAAAGUCACAGACUCCACAGCAGUGCCCAGUUUGUCAGAAGAUAAUUCAUGGUGCAGGCAAGUUGCCACGUCACAUGAGGACUCACACUGGAGAGAAGCCGUUCCAGUGCAACACCUGUGGUGUGCGGUUUACCAGGAAUGACAAACUGAAGAUUCACAUGCGCAAGCACACAGGUGAAAAACCCUACCUGUGCUCGCAUUGCCCAGCCCGUUUCCUGCAUAGCUAUGACCUCAAGAAUCACCUGUCUCUUCACAGUGGAGAUCGUCCUUUUGAGUGCUCGCUUUGCCACAAAGCCUUUGCCCGUGAUGACCACUUGCAACGUCACCUCAAGGGACAGAACUGCCUAGAAGUGCGCACUCGUCGACCACGUAAAUCCGUGGUUAGUCUUCCACAUGUCUUGGAUGAAUCUGCACCACCUUCUCUUUUACAGAGGUAUGGCAGUUCUGACAGCCCAUCUCCUGCAUACAAUAUGUGCCAUACAGGUAUGCCCAUCUUCUCCAACUUCAUGGCUGCAGAGAGGCAUCAGUGGAUGACCUCUGGAUCAGAAAAUCCAGCUGUUGGCUCACCUUCCAUCAAUGUGUGCUGGGACAGGGAAAGGCAGGACUCUUCAGAUGAUCCUUGCUGAUUGAGCCAGCUAUAUAGUGCAAAUUUUUCUGGCCCCAUUUAAAAGUGGAUCUCAGUCUGGUUGUGCUCUCAAGCAAGUCACCAAAGAGCAAAUCUGGCUUGCCACUGUCUCUCACAAUUUUGCAAUGAAAAAAAAAAAAGCACUUAAUACUGUUAGCCUGGGAAAUCCACACAGGAAUUUGGGUAGUUGGGUGGUCUGGGGUGGGGAGAACAGGUUCUAUGGAAGAAAUCGACCCAAGAUUGUAGGCAAUAACUGAAAUUUCACCUUUAUCAUUUUCAUGUUUUGUGUGGUGUGGUUUGUUUGUUUUUUCCUAAAUUUGAAGAUAUUCUUAUUAAUAUUAUAAUAUAGUUCUUACUAUGGUUACUGUGGUGGGUGUGUGUUGCUCUGGGCUUGUUGGACAUGAACCGGCAAUCACUCCUGCAACUUCUUUGGGACAGAGUGAAGAAUACUUUUGAACUUUAUGCUUGAGAGUCCACAGAGAAUGUUCCAAAUGUGCUGCGAUGCCAUCAUGACUAAGGAUUGCAGAAGCACUCUUGUGAUGCUACGGCUUCCCUGGUGGGAGUACCGUCUCUGUCUCUCUUUUUCUCGAGUAUUUGCCAGGUUUUACUAAAGGGAUUUGAAGCUUUGGUGAGUUUCCUAUUGCGGUGCUUGGGGAGCUCCUUGUGGGAAUAACUUGUUUACUGUAAGCAGGCCACAGCGCACCCUCAGAUGCUGUGUGGAGGUGACACAGCUGCUCUUCCAGUGUGUGCCUGCCAUUUGCAGUCUCUUUUGACUGCUCCAGAUAAGGGCUUUUCAGCAAUAAAACAGGGUCUGCAAUAAUCACAGCUCAAAGAGCUGACUCAUGUAUAUCCCAGUGAGGCAGCAGCCUCCUGUAGAAAAAAAUAAAACAGAAAAGUUUGUCAAAAAACGUGCUGGGUAAGAAUUUAGAAAGGAGCAAAGGACAAGAAAGAGAGCUGGUAAUGGUGCUUUCUAGUCUUCAUCAAAGAAAGAAUGUUUCUGAUGCUGCUGUCCACAUAUUGAAUUUGGUAUACAAACACCAAGCUGAAGGGAUUUCUUCUCCUCAAUAUGCCAAUUGUUCCGCCUAUUUUUGUACACCCCAUGGCAACAGAAGACUCACACAUGCUCCGUUCAGAUCCCUAAUGCACUUGAAAUUUUAAUUGUGCCUGUCAUGGCAGUUCUUUGGUCUUUGCACCAAAGGAACAAGUCAGCGAUGUGGGACUAUCUGAUAAUCUGAAAGCACAGAGCAGGCAAUCAAGUAGCACUUUUUUAUGUUUGCCUUCAGCAUUUCCAGUGCCAGAUGUUACUAACUUUGGUGCAGCCUCCUCUAUAGCUUACCUUGCCCCAUAUUACAAGUUAUAGAGUGGGCUACCAAUGGGUGUCUUUAUGUAAGUCUAACCAAUCUUAAUUUUGCACUAAACUUUUUUGAAGUUUCCCUGAAAACCGAAUGCUUUUCAAACUGGACGCGCCCUUUUUACCAAGGACCUUUUACUAGUUUGGAGUAGGAGGGGUGCAUGUGUAAAACCUGUCACUAAUGAAUCCAUUUUGGGCACACCAUGGACUCACCAUGGAAACAGUACUGAAUCUCAUACUUAUUGCUCAACAUAAAAAAGCAGAGACUUCCCUGGCCCUGGUGGAGCUGUGUUCCUCUCAGUGGGAGGAGGAGGAGGGCCUCUUUGUGACCUGAGGUGAACUUGAAAGAGUUGAUUCUGCUUAUAGAUAAUUUUCUAACUGCUUUCACUCUGUUAAAAUUGUUAAAAUGAAGUUUUUGUAUUUUUUUUUUUUGUAUUAGAUAUGUUUUACCUAAUUUAUUUAUUUUUUAUAUUGCUUGUACAUUUCUGAUUUGACCUUGACUACUUAAAGGUGUGUUUUGAAUUAUUAUUUUUGUUAUAAUUUAUCAGAGUUUUUAGAUCCCUGGUAAGCCUGAUACUCUGAAUGUCCGUGAUUAUGUUAGGUUGGAUCAUCAGGGUUUGCUUAAAGCUGCCCUGCUUCCCUGUGCAAAUCUCUAGCAAUAUUCCUUUUUCUUUCAUUUUCCCAGUGUGUAUGUGGUGUCCAAAGUGGGAAAGAUGGUGCUAGCUUAACUAUAAGUUUCCCAGCAAUCAGCUCACGAAAACCAUCUUCUUUAAAGCACUGGGAUCACCAACUUGGUAUGCAGCUUCUCGGCCAGUUUACUCAACUCAACUCAUGGUGGCAGCAGGUUUUCAUUGUAACUAGUCCCUUUAGACAGAGAUAAGGGUAGCAUGUUCUUUCCAUAAAUUUUAGAAUUUAACCAACUUGUAAAGCUGUGUAUUAAUUGUGACACGCUUGUCCACACAUGUGCUUACUCUGCAGUGGGAUUAUUAGCAUUUUUCUGUUAUUCUUUUUGUAUAGUGCAGUCCAUUUAUAUUUUACAGGCUUGGGUGUAAUUGAUAGUCAGUGGGCAAUGUUCAUUAUAUGCCACUAUAUUGGCUUACUGAAGUUGUACAGAAACAUCCGUCACUGAGAGUGUGACAAGCACAUCAUAAAGGUGGAAUGCAGUUCUGUGAUCUAAAAUUGUUGCAUACUGUUCAUUUUUGAUAAGUAAAAACAGAACCUUGGGGGAAUGAUGAUAACUAAAUAGUAAUGGAGCUCAAUCAGACACUCACUUUAGUAGUCUCUGACUGGGGAGAUUGACUACAAUGAAUUUCUUCAGCCACUAUCACCCUGCAUCAUUUGAGUCGGCCACCAGGUUCUGGACGGUUGUCUUUUCCUUGUGUGCUCAUUUAAAGUUAACUUAGGUGUCAAAGCAAUUUGUCUUUGCCACUUUAGACAAGCAGAAAGCUGUAGCUUAAAUGCAUUUCUUCAGGGAUGUGUAGCUUUUUGUAAUACUUGACUUUUUUUUUUGUACUUUUUCAACUUUUAUUUAAAGGAAAUUGUAUGACGUACUGAAGUUCACAAAACACCAAAAUGAAAAGCUGUCAGUAUCAGACCCAUAAGAGAUUUCUGCUGUCUGUACUUUGGUGACAGCUGUUCUUCAUGUUUUCUUACUGGAUUUACUGUGAAGGCCUUGUCAUUAAGGAUUCAAUCAUUUUUUGAUAAUAUAAAUGUAAAUCAGAGACUCUAUAGGUAGGCAUCUGCCUUCUGGCCAGAUUCUUCCUCUGUGUAUCCUUAGGAUUUAUAGCAUGCCCUGAAGAAAAAAAAGUCUCUCCUUUGUGCAUCAUUUAAUGCAGUUUUGCUAAUGAAUUACAUAUUGUGGCAUAGGUAUGUGAUUUCCCUAAGAAAUAUGUCAAUUUGAUAUUCCUAAUGAGGCUAUUUAUUUUUGAGAUCUGCUGUGUAUUUAUUAUGUUAAAAAAUGUCCACCUUAUUUUCCUUUGAGGAAACAAGCCAAUAAUUUUAGUUCUAGUACACUAUGCAUUGGCUUGAAAGCUCUGCACUAUUGACGUAGGUGGGUUGGGGUGGGUGGGGAGUAAUUAAAUAAUUUUUACAGAAAUCUUGGACUUUUAAGAAAAAUAUAAAAUGUUUAAUAACAAAGAUAUAUAUCUAUAUAUAUAAAAUAUAUAUAAAUGUUAAUAUAUUAUUUGAAUUAAAGGUACAUACUAGUUUAAUGGUACUGUUCAAGAAAGUUUCUCAGGAAAAUAAGCACAGAUAAGAACUAUAAUAUUUAUAUAUAGAGACUACAGAAAAUAUGGCUAUAUCAGGCAGUCCAGGGUGUUUAAAGUCAGUUCUGGGCUUCAAAGUUCUGGUCUUGAGCUGUUGCUUAGCUUGGGGGGAGGGUUUGGGGAUGGGCUCAAUUUCUAUUUUUGCUAUCAUUUUUAGCAGCUUGGUGUAACUGUUUUCCAAGUUUGUCAUUUUCUAAUUUUCUUUCUAAUGUGAAAUAAAUACAAAUGUAAGAUUUGUUUACUUAAUCAAAUGUCUGUUGUGUUU